AUGUCGAACUUCAUGCACAAAGUCAAGGAAGCUGUGACUGAUCACGACAAAGAUACAGCUCGCGGCUUCCAGGCUGACCGGGAUAACCAGGGAACCUCCAAUGCCCCAGCCACCGAGUCCGGUAUGGGCCAGAACAGAUCUCAUGGCGUGGGCUCUAACAACCCGUACGGCUCUGGUUCUGCCUAUCGCGACUCCAAGUUCAACGACACCCAGAGUUCAGCUGAUCCACCCAGGACCGGGUUGGGUUAUCAGGGCAGCCGUUCUGGCGAUGGUUAUACGAACGUCAAUGCUGGUCCGCAUGACUCGAACCUGGCUAAUAAGAUGGAUCCUCGCGUCGAUAGUGAUAGGGACAACCGCGCUACCAAUCCCAACGCCGGCCCGUAUGAAUCACGGAUGGGAAACAAGAUGGAUCCCCGUGUUGACAGUGAUAUGGACAACCGUGCUACCAACCCCAAUGCUGGUCCACACGAGUCACGGAUGGGUAACAAGAUGGAUCCUCGCGUCGACAGUGAUAUGGACAACCGCGCUACACGGGGAACUAUGAACCAGCCUAGCAACACGUCCUCGGGCGUCAGCAGUGGUAUGGACAACAGUGCUACACGUGGAGGAGGUGGAGCCAUGAACCCUCCCAGCAACAUGGGCUCAGGCGGCCUCGACAAUCAUGAAACCACCGAAGACGACUACAAGAAAUCCACACAGGAGAACAGGUCUCAGACCCAGCCCCAACCCGGCGACUACGGCAACAAUCCAUUGACCAGCGAGGAAAGCCACAACACCUCGACGCAGGAGCACAAGUCGCACUCUGCUACUAGCCACGCUAUGCCCUGCCAGACAGGAAUGCAAGGCGAACAAGGGUUUGAUAAGCCAGGCCUUGAUAACCGGGUUGACUCUGGCUUCGGUGGUAGUGCGGCUGGUGGUAGUAGUUACACCUCUGGCGCGCGAGAGCCAACUGGUGCCCAGAAUGAUGAUCCUCUGAACAAGCUUGGCGGUAGGGUUACCCGCUCGAGUGACCAAGCUAAUGCUGGUAAUCAGCGCGGAGGAUAUUAA